GUAAGGAGCAUCUAUAAAACCGAAAACAAGAGGUGAGAGACGCAGAGUGUCGAAGGAUUAUCGUAGAGAUGUAGAUAAGGGUGCGCGAGCCUCUGGUAUCCGAUUGAAAUGACUGCUAUUUGUGUGUACGGUACAGGCGUGGUUAAACAAGAGCAAACAACGAGGCUGUUGACUGUGCAGAACGAGAAAGAAAACGAACGCGAGAAAGCAUAAUGGAAACGUCCAGAAAGGCUGACGCGUAGUAGUGUGAACGUAUUAUAUACAUCUACGUGAAACGCGUACGACUUUCGUUUGUUAGACGAAGUUGAUCUCUGAGUUCGGAUAAAGGUUGCACGAUACGCGUUCGAACGAAGAGGUCCACGGCGAGCGGUGUAACAACGCAACAGAGGCCGCCUCGUAGACAAACAACUCGCAUCCGCCAUCUUAGAAUAAAGAGAAGGUUUGUGUCGGCAAGCAAAAAAACGUGCAUUCUGUAAUUGGAAAGAGUAAGUUAAAGAGAAAGAAGCAGCAGGACGAGGAAAGGGGCACUAAGGUGGCUAACAGUCACCGGAUGUGGUCAAAUUUGCAAGAAAUGCACGUUGGGAGGAGCGCGAGAGAAGAGGAGCUUGAAGCAAGGUAGCAUCGCGCUAACAGGUUCCCAGGGUUUCCCCACCGCACUCAAUUCCUACGUCUCGUCAUCGUUGUCGUCCCCACCACCGCGCUACCCUGGAUACUGUGAUUAUUGCGCAGUUGGAAAAAUUUGUUGAGCACGGACGCCGAGGAACGCGGGUUAUCGUUUCCGAGAGGCAACCCGCGAACAACUACCGCCGACGGGUUAGUCGGUCUCAUCAGAAGAGUGAGUGGUAUACGAGUUGAAGCAGAUACUGAAGCGAGGAGAACGAGACGAACAUCCGAGCCAUGACGAAUUCCGCGCCCAAGCUAGACAACGCCAGGGUGGACCGCCAGGCCUCGCCUAAGGUCGGGUACCAGCCAAACUAUUAUCAUCAGCGCUGCAACAGCAAAUCGUCGCCGUUUCUUUACAAGAACGGCCGCCAUGCAGUUAGGAACACCAAGGACGGCCGACAGAGUUGCAGUCCGUACAGUCCGUCAUCCAAGAGCGCGAGGAGUACGCCGCAGCAACCGCAGCAGCAGCCGCAGCAGCAGCCGCAGCAGCAGCAGCAGCAACAGCAGCAGCAGCAGCCGCUGCAGCGCUGCGAGCAGCGCAGUCCGAGCAGCAGCCCGACUAACAACAGCUUCUACGCGGGCGCCAAGUUCUCGGAGACGCCGUCGCCUGCGAGUUUGCCCAAGCCGCCGAGCCGUUGGACGGACACGACGGCAAGAUUAAUGGGCAGCUGCCGUCAAUCGGACAGCGCGAGCGAGUACACUAGACAACUGCGUAUAGUGCUGAACGUCCAGGCUUGAUACCCGAAAUCUAAUUCAAAAUCAAACAAGACCAGCAGCGUUCGAGAAAGAAGGCGAUCGUCAACAGCUCCUAGAGAAUCAGGUAUGAUAGAAAAUCGUCGUCGAUAAAAAACAAAAAUUAUCGGCCAAGAGGAUAACAAGAAUAUGUGAUGAUAAAGAUGAUAACGAUUAACAAUGAUGACGGUGACACCGUGUGCGGGCCGUACACACGGGUUUUCGGUUUUAUCGCGCAAGUGGACACCGUGAUCCGUUCUUUACGCUAAGAUUACGCAUCCAGCAUACAGACUCGAAAACUAUAGACUAUAUACACCGCGGGGUGACGAUGCGGCGCAUCGGUGCGUCCCGAUGCCCCGCGAUCGAUGUGUGCACGCGAGACACAUGUUGUAUAUGUAUAUAUUGCGUUCUGGAACUCCAUCACACGCCGUCACUGUGACAAGGAUGUAAGUAAUAUUGUAUUUUAGAUUAUCGUAUAUCGCUAAAAUCUACAGAAGGAACACACAAGGAGAGAGCCCCACAUAACACACAUAUAUUAUCUGUAUUAACAUCCAAACACAGACACGUACGAGAGAAAAAAAAAAAGUAUACCAUUCUCAGUCUGACGAGACGACAAGCGCGGACGAGGCGAAGUUGCACCUCGCGGUUCUUUAAACGAUGGGCUUCAAUGUCGACGCGUUCUCAAAAAGAGAGAAGCGUCUGCUACUUGUUCGCGACCUUUUUUUUUCUUUUCCAGAUCGAAGCCCCGCGUUUCGCGUCGCUCUCGAAAUGAUCCGGUGUUGUUCCCGUGUUGUACGUGGUUUUAUACUUAACCGAGUUCUUCUAAUCGUCACAGCAGCAAUGACAUCGCGGCGCGCGCAAUUCGCUGCUCGCAGGAAUGCUGGACAAACAUCUUAUUCGUUUAACAGGCCGCCCGACUAACGAUCGUUAUUAGUAUACUUCUUUAUUAUUAACAGUUUCUUUUGCGGACUUUAUCAUUUUUUGGUAUUUACGGAUUGUAAGAGACACAGCUUCACACGAGAGAUUUACUCUCCGAGUAGACCUUUUUAGUUUCUGUUUAUUUUUUUCUUUUUCAGUUUUUUUUUUGUUGGGGAUAUUUUUUAUUUUCUGCUAUUCUCUGCUACGUAACGAAGUAAGGCACUUAAAGUGUAAGAUUUGAGUUUCUUAGCGUGUGUUAGAAGAGUGGGAGUUAAUUAAAUAUGACAUAACAAGGAGGAUCGAACACGUGGAAAGACGAUCUGAAUGAGAAAUGAGACGCUUUGAAUGAAUAUGCUUUAAUUAUAUGAAUGCUUCGGAUAUAUUACGACAAUUGUUACAACGUCACGGCAAAUUUGCACUUUGAUUAUAUUUUCCAUACUUUGCUCUUCGGCAUGUUUCAACAAAAUCACCGAUGAAUCGCGUAUAACGCAAAUUUAAAAUUUAUUUUUAAAACCGUGAGUGACAAAGGGAGAAGAAGAGUACCGACUGAUGCGUUCGUUGCAAACAAAAACGAUCGCAAAUGCGUCUCUUAUUCAUAAUCAAUUCAUGACAGAUGCAAUCUGCUUAUUUAGUAAUUGUCAUUUCGUUGUUGAGAAAUUAAAGUGCUAAUAUAUUCCGAUGCUUCAUUCAAAUAUCGAGCACGAAGUUUUGAGGGAAAAAAAAUGACGACUAUGACAUUGCAAUUAUCUGACAGUUCUUGUCAACUGAUGCUGGAUUAGUAAUUGUCUGCCCCUUCUUAGAGUGUAAUCAUAGUUAUAACGGAGAAAUAGGACUUGAUUAGCAACGGUUGACUAAGGGGUGAUAUUGCAUCCCCGACGGGAUGGAAAUCCGCAAAAGUAGAUAAAAAAAAAGCAGAAAAACGGUUAACGUUUAAUCGAUGUCGAACACAACCCGUCCUUAAAGAGAUGUCAAUCCUUUGUGCGCAUUUCCGGAAGGUUGUUCUUGUGGAUUUAGGAAGCGGGAGCGAUGCACCGAGGUUUUCCGUCGUUCACGACACACUUCACGGGCGCAAUUGUCAUAUCAAACUCGCACCACUUCUAUCUAUAUUGGACAGUAAAUGGACUUAAUCUAUAAUACGAUAACGAUAACAAUAACAUUAAGGCUAAAUAAUAAUAAUGCUAUAGUAAUAAGAUAAGGCCUUAACGAUAUAAUAGCGUGGAGAAUACGAUAUCGAUUUCAUUUCGGUUUCGUCAGUUCAGAAUUUUAAAAUUCACACAUUGUUUUUCUUUAUUUUUUUUCUUCCUCCCCCCCUUUUUUUUGUUUUCUCU